AUGCCAAUUAUGGAAAAAUUUGGAUUCCAAAAAGUAUCAAAUAGUCCCACUGAACCAGGACAGCCAGUUAUUACCCACAAUAGACCAAUCCCACAUCCUCAACCACCUCCAACUCCAAUGAGACCAUUAAGCGAGCCAGUCAGAAAGCAAUUAGUUGUUGAUAACGCACCAGGGAAUGAUGUGGUAGUUGCUAAUUGUAUUGCAGUUAAUCCAUCAGAUUUCGCCAGUGUCCCCGACAGAGCACCAGUUGUGUUAGAUGGCAAUUUUGUAUAUUCAAUCGCGAAAGAUGAACGUACUAAACCAGGAACUGUCGGAUUAGCAGGGAAUAUGAGGAGUUGGGGGAAGUGGUCUCUCGGUCAAACGGUGAAUGUUGAGAAUUAUAAUAUUUUCCAAUCUGGUCAACAACAACAAUAUCUUGGAGCUGUCGAUUUAUUGAUUGAUUUUAAAUCGAAAAAUAGAGCCAACUCUAAUCCUAUCAAUCAUGAUCAAUUGGUGGACUUAUUCAUUAAGAAAUACGAGAACCAAAUCUUGCAACCUACACAAGUUAUCUAUAUGGAAUUAAAUGGAGCUUAUUUUAGUGUUUUGGUUAACAAUGUUCAAGUUAUUGAUGUUAAUACCAAAGAUCAUUUACCUAAUUUCAAGGAUUCAAACGAGUUAUCUACAAAAGGAAUUUUGAUUAAGCUGACUGAUAUAAUGUUUUAUCCUUAUGAAGGAUCAGUGAUUAAUUUAACUAAGAGUAAAUCAUUAAAAUCUCGUAUCUUUGGAGGAGGCUCUAAUGUUCACCACAGACCUCGUGCUAGAAAACAAAUCAUUAAUCCUGACUUUAAAUUGGAAGAUUUAGGUAUUGGUGGGUUAGAUGCUGAAUUUCAAGAUAUUUUCCGUCGUGCCUUCAACUCAAGAAUCUUACCUCCUGAUAUUGCGGAAAAGUUAGAUUAUAAGCAUUGUAAGGGGUUAUUAUUAUUUGGUCCUCCAGGUACUGGUAAGACGUUAAUUGCCCGUAAGUUAUCAAAAAUGCUUAAUGGAAAAGAACCAAAGAUUGUUAAUGGUCCAGAAAUGUUGAGUAAAUAUGUCGGUGCAUCAGAAGAAAAUAUUCGUAACUUAUUUAAGGAUGCAGAAGCAGAAUACAAACAAAAGGGAGAAGACUCGGAUUUGCAUGUUAUUAUCUUUGAUGAAUUGGAUUCUGUCUUUAAACAGAGAGGGUCGGCAAAAUCUGAUGGGACUGGUGUUGGUGAUAAUGUUGUCAAUCAGUUGUUAUCCAAGAUGGAUGGUGUUGACCAAUUGAAUAAUAUCUUAGUUAUCGGUAUGACUAAUCGUUUGGAUUUGAUUGAUACUGCGUUAUUAAGACCUGGUAGAUUUGAAAUUCAAAUUGAAAUUGCUCUUCCUGAUGAAAAGGGAAGAAAAGAUAUUUUCAUGAUUCACACUAAAAAAUUGAGAGAAAAUAAAUUGUUAACAAAAGAUGUUAAUUUUGAUGAGUUAAGUAUUUUAACAAAGAACUUUACCGGUGCAGAAAUCGAAGGGUUAUGUAACUCUGCCAAAUCCUAUGCCAUUUCACGUCACACCAAGAAGGGUUCAUUGGCCCAAAUCGAUACUGAUACCAUUGAAAAUAUGAAGAUUACCCGUGAUGACUUUUUAUUAGCCUUAACUGAUAUACGUCCUGCGUUCGGUACCGAUGAAGAAGAUUUAUCACAACAAGCUAAACAUGGUAUUAUUCCAUAUAGUGAGACCAUCAGGCAUGUUUUCGAAAAGGGACAAUCCAUUGUUGACGUAGUUAGAUCAAGUGAAACGGAAACUUUAAGAAGUGUCUUAUUAUACGGACCUCCAGGUGUCGGUAAGACUGCCAUUGCAACAACCUUAGCGUUGAAUUCCGAUUUCCCGUUUAUUAAGAUGUUAUCAGCUGAGACAUUGGUUGGGAUGGGAGAAGCUAGAAAGAUUCAAGAAAUUGAUACUGUCUUUAGGGAUGUUCACAAAUCUCCACUUAAUGUCUUGGUGAUUGAUAAAAUUGAGAAUAUCAUCAAUUAUAAUCCAAUUGGACCCAGAUUUUCUAACGAUAUCUUGCAAGUAUUAAUGGUCUAUUUAACUAAGAAGCCUCCAAAGGGUAGAAGAUUGUUAAUCAUUGGGACCACUUCACAAUAUUCAGUUUUCAAGCACAUGAAUCUUGUGGAUAGUUUCUCGGAUACCAUUGCAGUACCACCAAUAAAGAAUGCGGAAGAAGUCGGAAAAGUUUUGCAGAAACUUGGAUUUAUGACAGAAAGAGACAGGGAAGAGAUUUUGCAACAAUUGUCAAAGUAUGAUAUUAAUAUUGGAGUGAAAGGUUUGAUUGAUGUAUUGAUGGUUAGUAAGUAUUCGAAAGAUAAUGUUGAUGAAGUUGUUGCCAAUAUUCUCGAGAAGAUGAAUUAA